AUGAGCGCAACAGAGUCUAAGCAGAUGACUGAAAAGGGACCCGAUCCUCUCAAAGAGGAGCGCGGGGAACUGCCACCCCUUGAAGAUGUCGCAAAGGGUCGCUGGGAGCGCAGUUGGCCUACUAUUGCCUGUGGUGCUGGUCUUUUCUCUGAUGGGUACCUGAACCAGAUCAUCGGCCCAGUGGGUACUAUGCUGGGAAAGAUCUACGGCACUGCAUACACCGAUUCCACUGCGGCGCAGAAUGUCUCCUCGAUUGUGUUCGCCGGUACCGUAGUCGGUAUGCUGGGCUUUGGCUAUACCAGUGACCACUGGUCACGCAAAUGGUCCCUGAUGAUUUCCACCAUCAUCCUGUUUGUCUUCGCCGCGCUCGGCGCCGGAUCGUACGGUGCCGGUGGUAGCAUCGGAGGCAUGUUCGCAGCCCUGACUGCUUAUCGUUUCUUCCUCGCUGUGGGUAUUGGAGGCGAAUAUCCUGCUGGCUCGGUCGGUGCUGCUGAGAAUACCGGAGAGCUGAAGCAUGGUCAUAGGAACCGUUGGUUUAUUAUGUUUACCAACUUCCAGAUUGAUGCUGGCUUCGUGAUUGCAUCUUUGGUCUCUAUGAUCUUGGUGUUGAUCUUUACCGAAGACCACCUGCGUGCUUGCUGGCGUGUCGCGCUGGGAUUCGGCGUUAUUCCCCCUUUGAGUCUCAUGUAUCUUCGACUUAAGAUGAACGAACCAGAGGAGUUCAACCGGGAGCGCAUGCACAAAUUCCCUGUUUGGUUGAUUAUCAAGUUUUACUGGAGGCGCCUGGCUGUUGUCUCGCUCAUCUGGUUCCUCUAUGACUUUUCGUCCUACAGUUUCUCGAUUUACUCUUCCGAGUGGGUCUCUAUCAUUCUCGGCGAUGAAACUGCUCUGUGGAAGAGCUUUGGUUGGGCAACCGUGGUCAACUGUUUCUACAUUCCGGGCUCUGUUCUGGGCGCCUUUAUGAGUGACUGGAUUGGACCCCGGUAUACCCUUGCUCUUGGCGUCGGCCUCCAAGGAAUUGUUGGAUUCAUCAUGGCCGGAUGCUACAAGUGGCUUGCAACUAAGGCCAACGUUGCCGCCUUUGUGGUUGUAUUCGGAGUCUUUUCCGCCCUCGGCGAAAUGGGACCGGGCGAUAACAUCGGCCUGAUCGCAGCCAAGACCAGUGCAACCGCCAUUCGAGGCCAAUACUACUCCUACGCAGCUGCUAUUGGAAAGAUCGGAGCAUUUGUGGGAACCUACGUGAUUCCAAUUGUUCAAAAGAAUGCCCCCAACAAGAUUCGUGCCGGGCAAGAUCCUUUCUUCGUGUCUAGCUCUCUGUGCCUGCUGGCUGCUUUCCUGGCCAUUUUCAUGGUCCCGCAGAUUAAUCAGGACACAAUUACUUACGAAGAUGCCAAAUUCCGCGACUACCUCGAGGCAAACGGCUACGACACCACCACGAUGGGUGCCAACAACCGCCAGAGUACCACCGCAGAACAGGAGUAA